AUGGAACACAUCAAAAACUUUUGGGCUGCCAAACCUCAGUACAAGGAAGUCGAGUACGCUGAUCAGAGAGACAAGACGUUUGUGGUCACGGGAGGACUGUCUGGAGUGGGAAUGGAAUGCGCUCGUCUGCUUCUCAAGAAACGAGCUCGAGUCGUCAUUGUUGGACGAAACAAGGACUUUGCCAGGGACUUGCUGUCUGAACUAGCACGGGACAUUCCCGAAGGAGAAGCUGCGUUUGUGGAACUCGACUUGGCUGACCUGGAGUCUGUCAAAAAGGGCGGCCAGGAAAUCGCCAGACACUACCCUGUAAUCCACGGAGUCGUGCUCAACGCCGGAACUAUGGCUCCUCCCUAUGCCAAGACCAAACAGGGCCACGAGAUCCACUGGGGUACCAACGUCAUGGGCCACCAUCUGCUCAUGAAGUAUUUGGAACCGAGUGUACUGAGAGCGGCACAUGACUCACCUCCAGGAACCGUUCGAAUUGUCUGGGUCGCUGCCUCUUCAUCCACUCUGAUUCCAGGACUCGAGGGAUCUAUCAGAUUCAACACCAACAAUGAAGACGAGAAGAAACCUCCUCAUGUACUCUACAACAUGAGUAAGACAGGAAAUGCGUAUGAGGCGUACCUGUGGUCUAAGUUUCAUCCACACUCGGGAGUCAGCUCUGUCUCUAUGGACCCUGGAAACCUCUCCACCAACCUCACUCGUCACUCGGGCGGUCUAGUCCAUCGAUUCAAGGAUUACGUGCUCUACCCAGCCAAAUUCGGAGCAUACACCGAAUUGGCAGCUCUACUGAGUCCCACAAUCAAAGAUGGUGACCACCUGGUGCCGUGGGGAGUUCCAGGAACCCUCAGACACGAUGUGGAUGAGGCCAGGAGAGGACCGAAGGGAGAGGAAAUGUGGAUAGAGCUGGAGAGAGACACUCAGGCUUUUUUCCAGCCUGAGGAAGUGCACUAA